AUGUAUCGGGGCUCCUUCGCACCGCCCCCCGCCCAGUCGCCGCCUCUUCACCAUCCCAUCCCGCAGCAUGUAUCGACCGUGCCAAUGAUGCGCUCACCACCACCUCCCUCCCAGCAGACCCCGAACGCCCCCGGUGCCAGCUAUGGAGGUCCAUACCAACCCUCGCCCACACAGGGCCAAGCACAGGGCCAACAAGGCCAAACCUACGACCCCGGAUUCGGCGGAUUCAUCAACGAUCCCACAGCACAGAUGGGAUUCCAGGUUGGCAAGAGCGCGAUGAUGGCCGGACAGGAAUACAUGGAGCAGAAUUUCAAUCGCUACGUCUCCAUAGUCGCUCUGAAGCACUACUUCAACGUUUCAAACUCCUACGUCCUGUCCAAACUAGCUCUAGUCCUCUUCCCCUGGCGCCACAAGCCCUGGUCCCGCCAACAAGCCCGCAUGCCCGCAACCGCAGGACCAAAUGGCCAAAUCACCCAGCAGCAAUACAGCUCCAUGUUCCUGCCUCCGCGGGAUGACCUCAAUUCUCCCGAUAUGUACAUCCCCGUCAUGGCGCUGGUCACAUACAUCCUGCUUUCGGUGCUACUCGCCGGAUUCCGCGGCGAUUUCCACCCCGAAUUGCUAGGCUCGAUCACUACGACCGCCAUCGCGGUGAUCCUCUUCGAGAUCCUCUGUCUCAAGAUGGCUAUGUACAUCCUUGCUAUCAAUAAUGACUCGCAGCUGCUGGAUCUGGUUGCUUACUCUGGGUACAAGUUCGUUGGUAUCAUUGUUACACUGGUUGCGUCUGAGAUUCUGACGCCGGGUCGGGGGACGGGUGGUUGGGUUGGUUGGUCGGUAUUUAUCUACACUUUUGCCGCCAAUGCUUUCUUUUUGCUACGCUCGCUGAAAUAUGUCUUGCUGCCUGAUUCAGCCGACUCAUCUAUGCGCGCGGGUUCCAUGCAGACGGUUGCUCGGGGACAGCGCAACCGCCGUACGCAGUUCCUGUUUGUUUACUCGUACGUGAUUCAGUUUGUCUUCAUGUGGGUGCUCAGUCGGGAGGGACCUUCUGCAUUGGGAGCUGGCGAUUCAUGA